UCUGUCUCUCUCAUUCCUCAGUCUCUGUCUGCUCCAGACAGGUUAUGGGAGCUAGCUUGUUUUUAUUUAAUUUUUAACCCAGGGUUUUUUGGGUAGGAUCGGCCUUUAGAUCCCACUUUUAGAAUUUCAUUUAGUUUAAGCUCAGACAGAUUGCUAUUCGGAAUUACUUUUGUGAUUUCUGCACAUAGACAAGGCUGAUCUCUGUAGUGGAGGUGGCAUCUGCUCGUGUGGCACUCUCUGGGAUUAGUCUGGAAGACUCUUCGGUUCAGUAUCCCCCCUUUUCCAUCCAUUUCUUUUCUGUGUGUGUGUGAGUGAGAUAGAGAGAGAGAGAGAGAGAGCAAGAGUGAGAGAGCAGUGCUGAGGGUAUGAGUGUGUGUGUGUGUGUGUGCGUGCUUGUGUGUGUGUGUGUGAGUGUGUGCGCGUGUGAAAGGGCUAUGCAGUCGGCGCUCCACACACACGGAGCAUGCUUGUGAGUGGAGGCUCUGGCCAACAUGAGCCUCCCGAGCCCAGAGCGCGUCCACAGCAUCAGCCCAAACCCGCGUGCACCCUCCUCCCUUUCUCGCUCCCUCCCUCUCUCCCUCCCUCGCUCCCUCUCUUCGUCCACGAGCCUCAUCCGCACCGCCUCUCCCGCGCCAGCCAGGGGGACAGCUCCCGCAGUUCCCACGGUGACGGUUGCCGAGCACCGGCCUGCCCCAUGGAGGAAGCCCAAGGCAACACGCUGGUCGUCCGCAUCGGCAUCCCCGACCUGCAGCAGACGAAAUGCAUGAAGUUUAACGUGGAGUCACCCAUCUGGCUGUCUAAACAGCGCAUUCUCUGCUCCUUGAACCAGAGCCUGAAAGACGUGCUGAACUACGGCCUAUUUCAGCCCGCGUACAACGGCAAAGCGGGCAAGUUCCUGGAUGAACAGCGCACUCUGAAAGAUUAUCCGCUUCCCACUGUCACUCCCAUACCAUACCUUGAGUUUCGCUAUAAGAGGCGUGUGUACACACAGACCCACCUGGAUGACAAGCAGCUGGCCAAAUUGCAUACCAAGGCUAACUUAAAGAAGUUUAUGGAGUAUGUUCAGCAAAGGAAUACAGAGAAGGUUUCAAAGUUUCUGGAGAAGGGCCUGGACCCAAAUUUCCAUGACCCAGAGACUGGAGAAUGUCCAUUAACGAUGGCGGCUCAGUUAGAAGGCUGUGCAGAGCUCAUUAAGGUGUUGAAAGGUGGAGGAGCUCACCUGGACUUCAGAACCAGAGAUGGCAUCACUGCUCUCCACAAAGCUGUGCGCACAAAAAACCAUACAGCUCUGAUAACACUACUAGACCUUGGUGCAAGUCCCGACUAUAAAGACAGCCGAGGUUUGACUCCAUUGUACCAUAGCUCGAUGGUGGGAGGCGACCCGUACUGCUGUGAGCUGCUCCUGCAUGACCAUGCUCAGGUUGGCUGUGUGGAUGAAAACGGCUGGCAGGAGAUCCACCAGGCCUGCCGUCAUGGACAUGUGCAACAUCUGGAGCACCUUCUCUUCUACGGAGCUGACAUGAGUGCGCAAAAUGCUUCUGGAAACACUGCCCUACACAUCUGUGCCCUCUAUAACCAGGAUAGCUGUGCACGCGUGUUGCUGUUCAGAGGAGCGAAUAAAGAGAUAAAGAACUACAACAGCCAAACUGCCUUCCAGGUGGCUAUUAUAGCUGGAAAUUUUGACCUGGCAGAAAUAAUAAAAGUUCACAAAGCAUCAGACGUUGUGCCUUUCAGGGAAACGCCUUCCUACACCAACCGCCGGCGCGUAACAGUAGGAGGUGGCACUCUGACCUCAUCACGCUCCCUGCUUCGUUCUGCCUCUGACAACAACCUGAACGGGGCCGAGACGAGUACUGCCCACUCUCCUGUGCCCUCCCUGCGCAGCCUGCCCCCUCUGGCACCCCCUGGAGGGGAGACAGCGGCCGAUGGUAGCCUCCAAAGCACCGGCAGCUCCCGCUCCUCCCACUCGCGCUCGCCUUCUCUGCACCGCGUCAGCGAGGAACCCGAACCACACGUCUUGCGCAGACACCCCACAUACACACACGGGCGUGGCCGCCUCAGCCCUGGGACGGUGCAGCGGGAUGUCAGCCCUCCACCCGCCGGGCCCUCGCACACACUCGCCGGCGCCCGGGGGCCCAAACGGAAACUCUACAGCGCCGUACCCGGGCGCACCUUCAUCGUGGUCAAGCCCUACACACCCCAGGGCGAGGGAGAGAUCCAGCUAAACCGUGGAGAAAGGGUCAAAGUGCACAGUAUAGGAGAAGGGGGCUUUUGGGAGGGCACAGUUAAAGGGAGGACCGGAUGGUUUCCAGCAGAGUGUGUGGAGGAGGUACAGAUGAGACAGUAUGACCCUCAACUAGAAACAAGAGAAGAUCGAACAAAGAGGCUGUUCAGACACUACACUGUGGGCUCUUAUGACAACUUUACCUCCUACAGUGAUUACAUAAUUGAGGAGAAAGAUGCCAUGCUGCAGAAGAAAGAGAACGAAGGUUUUGGCUUUGUCCUACGGGGAGCAAAAGCGGAGACACCUAUUGAAGAGUUUACCCCCACACCUGCUUUCCCUGCACUGCAAUACCUGGAGUCUGUUGAUGUGGAGGGCGUGGCCUGGAGGGCAGGGCUAAGGACAGGUGACUUCCUCAUUGAGGUGAACGGUGUGAACGUAGUGAAGGUGGGCCAUAAGCAGGUGGUGUCCCUUAUCAGACAAGGUGGGAGCAAUCUGCUGAUGAAAGUGGUGUCAGUGACACGCAAACCAGAAACUGAGGACGUGGUCAGAAAAAAAGCACCACCACCACCCAAGAGAGCACCCAGCACCACACUCACACCAAGGUCCAAGAGCAUGACUGCUGAGCUUGAGGAGCUGGCAUCUGCAAGGAGGAGGCGAGGAGAAAGGCUAGAUGAAAUCUUGGCCUCUCGGGAAUCAGCAAUGAGGCCGAAAGUGGAGACAGACUACAGAGCAGCCACAGUGAAGCAACGACCAACCAGCCGUCGAAUUACACCAGCAGAAAUCAGUUCUCUUUUCGAGCGGCAAGGUCUUGCUCUCCAUGGUCCUCUUCACCCAGCGCUGGAAAAGGCUCACAUUCAGUUGCCCAAAGGCAUGUCCAGAACCAAGUCCUUCGGAGCUACUGAGGAGGACCGGCUAUCUGCCCUGGCGGCGGAGCACAGGUUUCCACGGAGCUCCUCAAUGACAGAUACCCUGAGAGACAGUCACAGCAUCCCUCCUCCACCUCAGACAGCACCACCUCCUCCACCCUCUGUUUACUAUCUGGACAUGGGCCCACCUCCACCUUUCUGCCCACCCCCUCCUCCGAGUCGUGUUCAUGACCCCAGCCGCUCCAGCUUUAAGCCUGGCUCAGAGCCCCGAUUGCAUGGCCUACCACAAACCAUGUCCGCUGAGCUGUAUGAACCCCCACGCCACAGUGCCCACAUAGACCGACAGAAGAAAGCCCGUUCCAUGAUUCUUCUGCAAGACUCUCAUCAUUCUGUGGAGCCCACCGACAUCCCAAGGCCUGGCCCUGCCUCCACCCCACCAGAAAGAAUCAAGCGCAAAGGACGUGUUAUCGACAAUCCUUAUGCUAAUGUCGGCCAGUUUAGCAUAGGCUUGUACACCCCACCACCCAGCAAGCCCCAGCGCCGGAAGAGCCCACUAGUGAAGCAAUUGCAAGUGGAAGAUGCCCAAGAACGAGCCUCACUAGCGCUGGCUUCAGUCCACUCCAGGGAACAUUCACCCACAGGCCGACUGGCAGCUCACCACACUAGCAGGGCAGAGUACUACCAGCAGCAGCUGCUACAGGAGCGUAGUCGAGUUAAAGCCGAGGGUCUAUUGCAGGGCAAAGGGCAUUUUGCUGCUGCACUUGCCGGUGCUGUCAAGGACAGGGAGCAGCGUCUUGAGGAGCGGCGAAAAUCCACAGUCUUCCUGUCUGUGGGCACAAUGGAAGGCAGCUCAGCCCCACCAUUGGAUUCCCCCUUACUCACACAGUCUCAUUCUGUUGAUGAACGCCUGCUCACCAGUGAACUUGGUCAACUCCCCCCACCUGCCCUGGCACUGCAACCCUCUACGAGUGGCACAACAUUCAUCCACCCACUAACAGGGAAACCCCUUGACCCCAACUCCCCUUUGGCACUUGCGCUGGCCGCAAGGGAACGGGCUUUAACUUCCCAGAGCCAAUCCCCUGCUAGCAGCCCGGAGCCUAGGACUAAGCAUGAGGCUGCUGGUGGGGUGCUGUUCAUGGACACUCAGACCAAAGAGGCUGAGGGUGAGAGGGAUGUUGGGUCACAUUCCUUUUCACAGGGUGAAAAAAGGAGCUACACAUCCACCCCAACUACCAAGAUCUCAUGGGGGACACCAACAACCACAAGAAAAGAAACAGAAAAGGGAACAGAGAAGAAAGAGGAUAGGAAGGUAGAAGACAAGAAAAGCAUGAUCAUAAGCAUUAUGGACACAUCACAGCAUAAGACUGCUGGCCUUAUUAUGGUUCAUGCAACCAGUAAUGGGCAGGCAGUAGGACUAGUCGUCCCUCAACCCAAGGGCAUUAUUUCAGAGAGCCCAAAGCCCACAUUAGCUGAAAUCAAGCGGACCAAGUCUCCCAGCCCCGAAGCACCCUCAACACCAACUGCAACCCCCGCCACACCUUCAACCCCCCAAGCACCCACUAGUCCUUCCUCAGAUAAGACACACCAGGCAUCUUCUAGCCCAUCAUCAGAUAAAACCCUAGUCCAGGGAAGCUCAGAGGAAGAUGUGGAGCCCUACUCUGUUACCUUACCACCUGCCAUGCUGUCCUCUAGUGAUGAGGAGACACGGGAAGAACUGCGCAAAAUUGGUGUAGUUCCCCCUCCAGAUGAAUUUGCGAAUGGUCUCUUAGUGAAGGCAGCUGCAGCUUCUGCUACUCCUUCAACAGUCAAGCAAGUGACUCCCUCAGAACCAUCCCCUGUCCCAGGUCCUGCUCCUCCAACCGCAGCCGCUACAGAAUCACAGGCCCCUGCCACCAGUGGCCCACCAGCAGCCUCAGGGAAGCCAUCUGAGCCCCACCUGGGCCCAGAGUCUGCUGCUGACUCUGGAGUAGAGGAGGUGGACACUCGCAGCUCCAGCGAUCACCAUUUGGAGACCACGAGUACCAUCUCCACUGUCUCCAGCAUGUCCACCCUAUCCUCAGAGAGUGGCGAGCCCACUGACACCUACACGUCCCAUGCCGACGGCCAGACCUUCAUCCUUGAUAAGCCGCCAGUGCCUCCAAAGCCAAAGCUCAAGUCUCAGCUCAGCAAGGGCCCAGUAACGUUCAGGGACCCCCUGCUUAAACAGUCCUCGGAUAGUGAGCUGCUGUCACAGCAGCAUGCAGCAGCACUGGCUGCUGCCACGGGGACCUCGGGCCCAACAAGACCCCGCUACCUCUUCCAUAGACGCUCCAAGCUGUGGGGGGACCCCAUAGAACCCCGUCCGCUUGCAGGCGCAGAGGAAGGCAAAUCCACUGUGAUAAGUGAGCUUAGCUCCAGACUGCAGCAGCUCAACAAGGAUACAUGUUCACUCGGUGAAGAGCCUCUUAUAGGCUCACUUGACCCUGGACGCAAGUCACCUGUGGCCGGUGCCAGACUCUUCAGCAGUCUAGGAGAGCUCCACACCAUCUCUCAGCGAAGUUAUGGCACCACGUACACUAUCCGACCAGGCAGCCGUUACCCAAUGACCCGUCGAACACCCAGCCCUGGCUCUGCUUCCCCAGAUCGUUCAGAUCCACUCGGACCCAUCCGAGGUUUCGGCCUGGCUACCUCGCCCACCGCGGCCCCCACUAUCCUAAAAUCCUCCAGUCUCAGCCUGCCUCAUGAGCCAAAGGAGGUGCGCUUUGUCAUGAGGAGCUCUAGCGCCAGGAGCCGCUCUCCCUCACCUGGACACUCCCCCGGCGUGCCCUCGCCACUCCUUACACUGCGCCCCUUCCACCAGAAACCCCUGCACCUGUGGAACAAGUACGAUGUGGGUGACUGGCUUGCUAGUAUUAAUCUGGUUGAGCACCGUGAGCGCUUCCAGGAGCAUGAGAUUGAGGGCUCACACCUCCCAGCCCUCACUAAAGAAGACUUCGCUGAGCUGGGUGUGACACGGGUAGGCCAUCGAAUGAACAUUGAGCGUGCCCUAAAGCAGCUGCUGGAAAGGUGACCCCUCACCCCACUCUGUCUGUAGCUAGUCUCAUCACUUCUUUCUUUAUUAAUUUCUUUUGUUGUUGUUCCUCAUUUUGGGUUUUUCUUGUUUAUUUAACCAGAUUUUCAGUUUGGCUCUUAAUUCAUGACUCGUCAAUAUUGUUUCUGUAGAAGUAAGCCCAACUUAUCUAGUAGCGUUUUGGCCCAAAUAUUUCCUCCAUCACACCAUCAACUGCCAAUAACCCAGCUUGUAACGGGGCUGUGAAUGCGUAAAGAUAUAAAAGCACCAUUUCAUUCACCUUUCCAAAUUUCUUUCUUACCCUCCUCUAGCCUUGGCCUACUGGGAGAACCCUAGCUACCAUAUUUUAUUCUUUUUUAUUUUUUUAUUUUUUUUUACAAAAGAAAGGAGGGAUGAUGUUGGAUGAGGGAAGCUGAGUUGCCUUUCUGAAUAUGUUUGUAGUGGAUGAGCAGAGUGGGUGUGGCUUGGUCGUCUCUACCUUCCGCCUGCCCCCUUCUGGCUGAGGGACAUAUUACACCUGGAGAAUGUUAAACCAACACUAGUGGCUUUUUUUCAUUAUCAGACUUUUCCUUUGGGGGGACCAAAGGGAACGUGACAUAGAAUAGGAUAUCAAUGUAUUUACAUAGCUUUGAAAAAGGAGAGAGAGAAAAAAAAACCCAGACAAAAUGAACUGUGCACAACUGCACUAGUCUCUCCCUUAGAUGAUGUGAAUUACAUAAAUAAUUUAUUCAUUUUUACCAAUUAUAUACAUAUAUAUAUAUUUGAAGAGUAUAUAGAUAUAUGAAUAUAACAUUUUGUCAUAAAUAUAAAACUUAUAUAUGGUAUUCUAUUUAAAGACAUUGUCGAUUUUUUUUUCCUAAUGUUCAUCCUUUUAUGGACUGUAGCAUGAAAGUCACAAAACAGUGUGACAGCUAUCAGAUUUGGUAACGGUAAAUUGUACCAUGCCCUUUUUUUCUUACUCUAUGGGUUCAUCUUGGUUUAACAAAACUCGGUCUUCCGUCUACAAUUAGGGCAGCCCACAGUGGACAGUGUGUGACUGACCCCCCAUCUUACACACACACACACACACUGCAAAGUACUUGACAUCUCUGUCAUGCUAUUAACAGCUCUUCAUGCACUUACAUACAAUAAAACUCCUCCAUAUCAAAUUUUAUUCAAACUCAAAAUCCAUCUUUAAUUUGGUGAAUUAGAAAUGAGCUGUGCAAUAAAAAAAAAGGUGCACGUGUGUGUCUGUGUGUAUUUGCGUGUGUUAUGAUGGGGCCGCUGUGGGACAAGAUAUGUGUUUCUCAUACACGGUAGCUCUGCUACAUGCUACUGGGAGAUGUUAAAAAAAAUAGAAGACAGACUCUAUAAUUGUAAGAGAUUUUCUGUGCCACUACACAGGGGCUUGUGUGGCUCAGGGGCUCUACAACUCUAAGCACUGACGCAUUUGGUCAUUUCAUUUGAGUUUAUUAUUUAUUUGUUUUAUUGGUUUUUCUGUUAAGCCCCAUAGUAUAUGUGGAUUUUGUAGCUUGUGAGAUAUAAUGCUUAGAAUAAUUUUUAUCAAUUAACUUAGAAUGAAUUUUAGAAUGACUUAAAGGGUUAAGCUAAAAAAAAAAAAAAUGUCCUUUCCAAACUUAUAACUGUAUAUAUGGACAAAUUAUGAAUUAUUUGUUUUUUUAUAUUAAUCACAAGCAAUGUACAUAUAGUUUUCAUAUAAUUUUAUAAAAAUUGAAAAAAAUAUAUAGAUCUAUAUAUGAAUGUUUGGCAUAUAUGCAUAGUUAACCACCUGUGGAAAAAGGUGAAAAAGAUUUUAUUCUUUGUAUGGACUGAGUUUGGGAUGAUUUGCACAAAACAAGGUGCUAGCAUUCAAGCCAUCCAUUCUCAUGUCUCUGUGUCUGCACUUUCCUCCAUCCCUCCAUCAUCCCGCAAAGAAAACGCAUCUGAUAUCAGUUUAACACAGACUAUAAGGCGAAAUGAAGGGAUAGAAAUUAAAACUGGCAAACGUGCAUACAGUGGACAGCUGUCUUUCUCUGUGUGUGUGUGUGUGUGUGUGUGUGUGUGUGUGUGUGUGUGUGUGUGUGCGUGUGCGCGUGUUUGUGCGCCCAACACAUACACACUAACACUUUGUCUGCUAUUAAGAACCAACACUGAACAAAACAGAAGUGGUGAAAACAUCCAUACUCACUAUCUAGAUUCAGCCAAGGAAACUGUUCUGUUGUAGAACCAGUUCAUCUUUCUGAGGAAGCUUUAUGGAGCUAUGACCCAAGAAAGAACACUGUGUUGUAAGACCUCUCUUUUGGCGGCUGUAUCAUUUCAGAGUCACCCCCUUUCAUCACAUUGGCUGAGUCCUGAUCUAAACCUGAGUGUUUUCCACUGUGCCCUUUUAGCAAACUGAUCUGAUUGGCAACUGGUUUUGUGGCAUUCAUUAUUCCAGCAUCACUUCCAGGAGGUGCUCAGUUAACGUUGAAGGAUCAUAACUAGAGGCUUGAGGGUUGAAUGUUCAGGACACUUUGGUUUUUGCACGGUUUUUGAUUUCAGCGUGCAGGAUUUUAACUGGAGCAAAUGAAACCAUGCCUUCAAAUUAUUAUUUUUUUUCUUUACAAGUGUUUAAUUUGUAGUUGUGGCGCGAAAAGAUCUCAUGUCUGUCAAAUUAUUAGUGUCUCUGCAUGUAGGCAGUGAAGAAAAGCACCUGAAUAUCUAGUGUUACUCAAAGGAUGGCUUGUGAGAAAAGGGACGAUCAAACUUCAUACAUUUUAAUAAUAGGAAAGUAUCAAGAAGAUUGUUUAACAUUCAAGGAAUUUGAUCUCUUGAUGUAAAACCUCCCAUUGUAAUGGAUUUGAUUGAGCAGAAAUGUGAUUAAUGCAAUGCUACUUUAUUGCAUAAAUUAAUUAAGCGCUAGAAUGGCAUGACGGAAAAUUUGGUUUAGUAUCAGGACCCUAAGAAAACUGUGACUUACAUUCAUGUUCUCGACUGCAGAUCAUUAUUGAGCCUCUAUGAGACUUAAAAAUAUGCAUUAACACUGAAUACGAUUCUCUUAUAUCGAACUGAAUCCCAGCAUUUAGUCAUUUUAUGAAUUUUCGAUCAGCGAUUUUAAUCUGGUCGUGCAAUUACGAGCAAGAUGUACAAUGUUUGGCAUUUGAUUGUCUCAUACAGGGCUCUUUCUCAGAGUAAGAGAUGAUUAGUGUCUGUAAUUGAUGUAGUUCAGCUCAUCUCUUGACGCUCUGAGGCUUCGUGCCACACUCACCAGUAAUCUCCUUCUAUUGGUCCGCCAUAUUCAUAUCCUAUCACACGACAUCCCCGUGGCCAAUUCUGGAAUAUUUACUUUUGUGUUUGUGUCUAUAUGGAGUGCUUAGUAAUUAAAACGUGAAAGACAAAAAGAAAAAAAUAACAAUGUGCCAAAAAGUGAUUAGUUUAUAGCUAUUCAUUGACGCUAGUUCUUUUUGCGAUUUAAAGCUGUUAGAACAGCACUAUGGUGCCACCUCCUGGAAAUCUUGAGAACUCCAGACAUUUCCUAUCAUGAUUAAUGUAUUUUUUUUCCCCAGAUACCAGUUUAUGUUUUGUAGAGUGUUACUUGAACUUGUAAUUGAUCUAGCUUAUGGCUUUUCAUGUGGUUUGAAUAUCAGUUUUGUUUUUUUUGGCUGAACUCCAGUAAGCCUUCGACUGAAUGACUGCGUAAGAUAGCGACGUUUAACAUCCUUCUCCCUUCCUCUUCAGUGAUGCGCCUCAGAUACAAGACAAAUUUGAUCCUCUUUAAAAAGAAAAAAAAAAGAAAAAAAGAGAGAGAAUGGAAAUGAUUUCUUUGUAACUUUACUAUAUUUAACAAGAUCGGUUCAGUGAAAUGUUAAAUAAAUCAACAUCAUUAACAUUACCAUGCUCUGUAGAGUUGUCACUCGUUUCCUGACCAACAAAAGCACAAUAAAAAUGGCAAGAAAUG